AUGUCACAUGUAAUGGCGGUUGUAGUUACGACCAUUAACUCAAUUAAGAAUAAUGCAUUGAAGCAUCGACAAUUUCAGGAUUAUCUUCGUGAACUGGAAUCUGAAUAUAGUGAUCUACUUUUUUACGCUAAAAUUUGGUGGUUCAGCCGUGGAAAAUGCUUAGAAAGAUUUUGGAACUUAAGAGAGGAAAUUCGAAUUUUUAUGAAAGAAAAUGGCCACGAUAUUACCGAAUUCUACGAUGAACAAUGGCUUCUAGAUUUAUGUUUUCUUACAGAUAUAACAACAAAAUUAAAUGACCUAAAUCUGAAACUUCAAGGUGAAAAUAAAUUGAUUACAGACUGCUAUCAAGAUAUAAAAUCAUUCGUAAUAAAGCUCAAAUUUUAUGAAAGUCAAUUAAAGUCAAAAAUUGCCAUUCAUUUUCCACUAUUAAAUCAUUUUAAUAGUGAACAGAAAGAUUUUGCAAAAUAUGAAAACGAAGUCACAAAUCCAUAUAACGAAGAUGUACAAUCAGCACCUUCGAAUUUUCAAAUUGAAUUAAUAGAUCUCCAAUCAAACACGGAACUGAAAUACAUGUUUGAAGCCAAUGAAUUUUACAGAAAAUAUAUUCACGAUGAUAAAUUUCCUAAUCUGAAACAACUGGUUUCUGUUCUGCAAUUACCCAGAGCUCUUCGUUUGUAUUGUCAUGGGCCAGAACACUUUAGAUAUUAUCCUCAGGUACAUAUUUGUAUUCUGUUGAUACAGGCUGCGUCAGUCAACCAAUCUUCCCAAUCGAAUAGUAGCGUGGCUUUUAAACAAUACGAGUACUUUAAUGACGCUGAAUAUUAUCAUUCAGAAUCAUUCUUUGCACCUACACCUUUUGCUAAAAUGUUGCCCAUCUAA